AUGUCCGCACGUGCAGGCGGAAAAGAGUUUGUAGGCCUAGUGCCACCAACCGAGAAGCGGCCGGUGAGCUCCUUUCACAGCCCAUUUGGAGGCAUCAAUAUCCUUCGUGACAGCUUCGAAUUCACAACAUGGAUGUGCCUGGCCGCUCUAGUGCAAGGCCUCCUCUUGCUCGGUGCCGGCCGACUCGCCCUUCUACCUGCAGCAGCAAUCUUCCUGGUCAAAGUUGGCGACGUAGUUCUCCAAACGACUGGAAUCAUGCGGAACAGAUACCUCGACGGCGUCAUCUUCAAGAAAACCAGCGUCGUCUUCCCGUCUGAGGAAGGCAAAUUCGGCAACAAGCCCUCCAACCAGGACGUCGUCGUCUUCCUCAUCGGAACCCGCUACAACCACCCCUUGGGCCUACUGGCACCUUAUGCCUUCAAGAUUGCCGGUUAUUUCAUCCAGAUGGUCAAGGACCUGGAAGACAACGCGGACGAAUUCGGGUUUCUCGGUGCGACGAGCUGGCAGAACACCAGUGCGGCUUCGAGCAACGAGCUGCUUGUCGUCUGCUACUUCAAGAACGUCGAUGGUCUGCACAAGUUUGCUCACAGUAAAUAUCAUCUUCCCAACUGGAACUGGUGGAACAAGACCGUGAAAGAAAUGCCGCAUAUCACGAUCUUCCAUGAGACGUACCACGUGCCGGCGGGCAACUGGGAGUCCAUCCACGUCAACUCGCAAAUCGCCGGGCUCGGCUCAACCGUCGUCAAGGUGGCAGAAGAGAUGACGGGCAAGGAGGUGUACACUCACCCAAUCGUUGAUGCUAGCAAAGGUGUCUUGAGGACUUCUGCUGGCCGUAUGGCGAGGAGUGAUGCACGAGAGCAUGAGGGGAAGCUGGACGUCGAUCCGUAUGAUGUGUGA